AUACUUUCACAUGGAACCACUUUCGCUUCAAAGUGCGUAAUUUAUAUUUCACAGUAGACCUUUGUCAACUAAAGUCAAAAUACUUCUCCAAUUAUCUCGGUAAGUAUUACGUGUUCUUAAGUACAAUAAUUCAUAAGAGCAUUUCUUAUUCUCAUAGUUUCUAAAACUAUUCCUUUUUAUUGAUUCGGCGAGCGAUAUUAAAUGUUUAAAUCAAUAAGCAAUCACGUGGAAAACACGCGUGAUUGUUUCACCAGGUUUUUCAUGUAUAGGUCAUAGAACUACAAAAGUAGGCUAGUAUACAACAAUUAACAAUUCAGCAAUCCCGUUAGCCAAUCACGAGUCAUCGACUAUAAAUUUAGCAACUAGUUUCAUUCGCAUUUUUAUUCUAGACAGGUAGCUCGAAGUUACCACAGCCUUGCCUCUAGUAUGAAAUAUAUUCUUGUGACCGGUGGUGUGAUUAGUGGUAUUGGGAAAGGCGUAAUUUCUUCUUCGAUUGGAACACUUUUGAAGUCACAUGGCGUUAGAGUUACAUCUAUUAAAAUUGAUCCAUACAUAAAUAUCGAUGCUGGCACAUUUUCGCCUUAUGAACAUGGAGAAGUCUAUGUAUUAGACGAUGGAGGCGAGGUGGAUUUGGAUCUAGGAAAUUAUGAGCGAUUUUUAGAUGUUACAUUACAUAGAGACAACAACAUUACAACUGGAAAAAUUUAUAAAUCUGUGAUUGAGAAGGAAAGACGUGGUGAUUAUCUCGGAAAAACAGUUCAAGUUGUACCUCACAUUACUGAUGCUAUUCAAGAGUGGAUAGAAAAAGUAGCUGUUGUCCCUGUAGAUCCUGAAGAUCAAAAAGAACCUGAAGUAUGCUUGAUAGAACUUGGAGGUACAAUUGGUGAUAUAGAAGGUAUGCCUUUUGUGGAAGCCUUAAGACAGUUUCAAAGAAGAGUUGGUAAAGAAAAUUUAUGCAUUGUGCAUGUCAGUCUGGUUCCUGAACCAAAGGCUACUGGAGAACAGAAAACAAAACCAACGCAAGCAAGCGUUAGAGAAUUACGUGGUUUGGGAUUGUGCCCUGAUUUAAUAAUGGCUCGUUGUACUUCCGUACUAAAUGAGUCGAGUAGAGUUAAGAUUUCAACUUUCUGUGAUGUUGCACCAGAAUGUGUUAUAGGUGUUCCUGAUGCAUCAUCCGUUUAUAAAGUGCCCCCUCUUUUGGAAGAUGCAAAUUUGAUUGAAUAUUUCACAAAUAGAUUAAGCCUUCCUUUAAAACGCAAUAAGAGUGCCCUCGCCAGAUGGCGAGAUUUAGCAAAUAAACACGACACAGUGCAAAAAGAAGUACGUAUAGCUUUAGUAGGAAAGUAUACUAAAUUUGAAGACUCCUAUGCAAGUGUAAUAAAGUCCUUAAGACAUGCUGCCCUUAAAGUUAAUCAUCGAUUAACAAUUCACUAUAUUGAGGCUGAUGAUCUGGAAUUAACAACGCAAGUAAAAGAACCAGUUAAAUAUCAUGAAGCUUGGCAGGCAUUAUGUAGUUCUGAUGGAGUCCUUGUACCUGGUGGAUUUGGUAUGAGAGGAAUGGAAGGCAAAAUUUUAGCCUCUAAAUGGGCCAGAACAACGAAUAAACCAUUCUUGGGAGUUUGUCUUGGACUGCAAUGUGCAGUUAUUGAAUUCUCUAGAAAUGUUUUAAAAUAUGCUGAUGCUAAUACAACUGAAGCAAAUCCUAAGACCAGUAAACCUGUCGUCAUUGAAAUGCCAGAACACAAUCCUGGAAUUAUGGGAGGAACUAUGCGACUCGGUCAAAGGAGAACAAACUUUACGACUUCGGCCAAUAAUUCGGUUAUAAGAAAAUUAUACGGAGAUCAUGACUAUGUUGAAGAGAGACAUAGACACAGGUACGAGGUUAACCCAGAAGUUGUUGAUGAGCUAGAAAAGCAUGGCCUUAAGUUUGUUGGACGUUCCACUGAUGGACAAAGAAUGGAGAUACUGGAAUUAGAGGAUCACCAAUAUUACGUAGCUGUUCAGUAUCACCCAGAAUAUAUUUCAAGACCUCUGAAACCCUCUCCCCCCUAUUUAGGAUUAAUUUUAGCAUCUACUGGUAGAUUGCAAAACUACUUGGAAAAAGGAUCCAAAUGUUCCCCAAGAUACACGGAUUCCAGCGGAGUCUCUGAGUGCGACGAGUUUGACUCGACCGAGUAA